AUGGAAGCCGCUAACCUUUCGGUGGUAGCUGGUGGCCUCGCCCUUCCCCCGCAGCCCGAGGCGUUCAGCAGCGUCCCGAGCCAGAGCAGGAUCCCCGGGUCGACCCCAGGCGGCACCGCCCCGCCAGGCAGAGAGCCACCUCUUUCCGUCUUCACCGUGCUGGUGGUGACGCUGCUGGUGCUGCUGAUGGCAGCCACUUUCCUGUGGAACCUGCUGGUUCUGGUCACCAUCCUGCGCGUCCGCGCCUUCCAUCGUGUUCCGCAUAACUUGGUGGCCUCGACGGCGGUGUCGGACGUGCUGGUGGCCGCGCUGGUGAUGCCACUGAGCUUAGUGAGCGAGCUGUCGGCUGGGCGACGUUGGCGGCUGGGCCGGAGUCUGUGCCACGUGUGGAUCUCCUUCGACGUGCUGUGCUGCACCGCCAGCAUCUGGAAUGUGGCCGCCAUCGCCCUGGACCGCUACUGGACCAUCACGCGUCACCUGCAGUACACGCUGCGCACCCGCCGCCGCGCCUCGGCUCUCAUGAUCGCGCUCACCUGGGCGCUGUCGGCGCUCAUCGCCCUGGCGCCGCUGCUCUUUGGCUGGGGCGAAGUGUACGACGCUCGACUCCAGCGCUGCCAGGUGAGCCAGGAACCCUCCUACGCCGUCUUCUCCACCUGCGGAGCCUUCUACCUGCCGCUUGGCGUGGUGCUGUUUGUCUACUGGAAGAUUUAUAAAGCAGCCAAAUUGCGCUUUGGCCGCCGACGCCGGGCUGUGCUGCCGUUACCCGCCACCGUGCAGGUAAAAGAGGCACGUCAGGAGGCCGAGAUGGUGUUCACAGUGCGUCGGCCAGCAAUGGCCUUCCAGACCGGCGGGGACUCCUGGAGGGAGCAGAAGGAGAAGCGGGCAGCUGUGAUGGUGGGCAUCCUCAUCGGCGUGUUUGUCCUGUGCUGGAUUCCUUUCUUCCUGGCAGAGCUCAUCAGCCCCCUGUGUGCUUGCAGCUUGCCCCCCACCUGGAAAAGCAUAUUCCUAUGGCUGGGCUACUCUAAUUCUUUCUUCAACCCCCUGAUUUACACAGCAUUUAACAAGAACUACAACAAUGCUUUCAGGAGCCUCUUCACCAAGCAGAGAUAAACAUGGGCUUGUGAGGAUACAUGAAGAGAUGUGUGGAGGACACUCUUGCUUCUGCCCUUCCCGAGUGAUCUGGGAGCCUGCCCCCUAGAGUUGAGUGUUAGGGACACACACUUGGUCCCACACUGAAGGAGCAAAGGCUCUCUGGGUGGAGUAAAUGUUUGGUGAGCGUGUGCCCACCCUUGUCCCGUGCGUGGACUGACAUCACUGGUCUGGCAUGGCCUGUGUCCCAGUGGAGCAGGAACUGGCCCAGUAUCCUUUGUAGACCGCACUCUAUGAUAGAAUAGAGAUGAAUGGAAACUGAUUUGUCUCUCCUUAGCUUCGUGCUAGAUUCCUAGAGAGGGUCUCCUGCACAGGGCCCCAAUGGACCUCUUGUGGCCUACUCAGGUCACAAGUCUUUAUGAAAUCUCAUUCCCUUAAACCCUCAUCCACCUAAUUCAACUUAUGAUCCCCAGUCUCUCAGGCGGUGUAUCCCAAUUUGCCAGAUGAGGAUGAUCUGAAAUGUUGCCUUGAAAAAAUGAUGUUCGGGUAACCCUCGUCUGCUCAAUCAGACAUUCAGCAAAGAGGUCUGGUAAUUUGUGUUUUAUUGAGUUCUAGAUGAUUCUUUUUUUGACAGUGACAGACACUACUGG